CACUGCUUCUACCCUCUCCGGGUAGCCGCACCCUCUGUGCCUUCUUCUUCUCCACCAGCUGCCCCCAGCCUGAAAACCAACGUCAGCCCGCGAACGUGAUUCAAAGGCCAUCUCCAACCACAAAUCACCUACUUACCUCCCGUUUGUCGGUACCAAAUCACCAACCCAAACGGAAACAGCCCACAGUUACUUCCGCCCACGAACCCUUUACUUAGAUUUAUUUUUCUCCGAUAUAUAGUAUCCCACAGUCAUCCAUACAUAUCAGCUAAGAUGGCCGCCGAAAAGAAGGACUCCAAGAUCUGGGUGCAGUCCAACGACAACAUCACCAUUCCCGUCGAUCGCGUUGUCGCUGAGCGCUCCAUGCUCAUCAAGAACAUGCUCGAGGAUGUUGGCGACGAUAGUAUCAGCCAGGAGAAUCCCAUUCCCAUCCCGAACGUGAACGAGGCUGUCCUUCGCAAGGUGAUCGAGUGGUGCGAGCACCACCGCAACGAUCCCGUCCAGACCCAGGAUGAUGAGAACGAUGCUCGCAAGAAGACCACCGAGAUUGAGGAGUGGGAUCAGAAGUUUAUGCAAGUUGACCAGGAGAUGCUCUUUGAGAUCAUCCUUGCCUCCAACUACCUGGACAUCAAGCCCCUCCUCGACGUUGGCUGCAAGACGGUCGCCAACAUGAUCAAGGGCAAGUCCCCGGAGGAAAUUCGUAAGACAUUCAACAUCACCAACGACUUUACGCCCGAGGAAGAGGAGCAGAUUCGCCGUGAGAACGAGUGGGCCGAGGACCGAUGAGACCCUCGGACGAUUCGAGUGGCGGCCGGAGUAUGGGUUCGAAUCCCUCUUCGGAUAUCUCCCUCACUCCUAAUGUGUGAUGCAUCGUACUCCGGCGUUUUAUGACGAUCGCUCUUUGAUUCGGUUUGGGUUACCUGGAAAUUUGAGGUUCGCUUCACAGGCCAGGCUUUGGGUGUUCAUGGACAGGGACAUCAGGGUGGAGAACGACGCGGUCGAUACACGACUGCCUCUUUCGAAGCAGAUAUGCUUCGCCGGUUGGUUUGCUAGACAGUCAUAGCAAAGCAAUUUCAGUGUUUAUUCGCAAACGAAAAUAUAAUGAGGCGCUGGACAAGGAUGGUGACAGCGACAUGUGUGGUGGUGCUUCUCUCAUGUGCGGAGGGUGAAUGCGCUACUCGCCGGCGCCAGACGCCGACGGAAGCUUGACCCUUUCACAUACCCGUCGGACGUAAGCAUAUAUCUCCUCUGGCCAGGAAGUCUUUCCAGUGUGGUGUUGUCAGCUACCUAUUGAAACUGUAUCAAGAAAUGUAGCACACAGGACCAUGUGACUUUGUGGGGGCAAUAUUGUGUCUCUCAGAGCGCCACAAAGUCCACCUAGGCAAAAGAAUCUGUGGUACCAUGCUUGUGAUAGUGUCCCGAUAAUGGAAGGUUCGAAUUCCGGGCCAGAAGGCGGUUUCGACGAUUCAUGGUGGCACCAUAGCGGCCUAACACACGUGGCGGGCAUUCGCGGGGCUUCAGGCUUCUUUCGUUCCAGGGCCGAAAGAACAAUUCACAUUUCAGCCAG